CCCAUUUCCAUUAUGUACAAGAAAAACUGAUUUAAAAAUUGACUUGCAUAUCUUGCUCACUUCCUGAUUUCCCGUCCGUCGAUCAGAUUCGUGUCAUUAUAUUCACCAUGAAGUGUUCAGCCUUCUUCACCGCCGCCGCUUUCGCCGUUGUGUGCCUUCUACAGCCGUCCUCGGCGGAGGAACAAGCUUCUGUACAUCUUCGUAUAAACUCUGUUGAACAGAGUCCUUCCGACAAUAUUUGUUAUGUGCAUUGCGAUUCUGGAAUGUACUGCCCGAAAGGAGAGACGACGUGUCGCAAGCCAAACGGCACGGAGUGCUUUAAUCCGGCCACUGCCCUUUUCAUCCCUAAGUGCAGCAAAGGAUUCUAUUGUUCAAAUGGCCGGUGUGAAUAUCAGUAAGCCAGCGUGUCAUGUAGCCGUCACACGGUUGUGCUUACAAUUUUUUAUUGGAUUCAAUAUAAGCUCUUUAAUCAAACAAUCUGUCGUUACACCAU